AUGGAAGCUUCGUACAUGCUAUGGCUUGUGUACGUUUCACUCGCCUCUUGUGUCCUCUACAAACUCUUCCUUGUAGGCAGUAAGAGUUCGCGGCUGCCGCCGGGCCCGACGCCGAUCCCUCUCCUCGGCAACAUCUUUGACAUCCAAGGCGAUCUGCACCAGGCCCUUACCAGGCUCGCCGGGGUGCACGGCCCCAUCAUAUCCAUCAAGCUCGGCGCCACCACCGCCGUCGUGGCCUCGUCCGCCGCGUGCGCCCGCGACGUGCUGCAGAAGUACGACCACCUCCUGGCGGCGCGGUCCGUCGCCGACGCCGCGCGCGCGCUGGGCAACCACGAGCACUCCAUCAUAUGGCUGCCGUCCAGCAGCCCGCUGUGGAAGCGCCUCCGCGCCGUGUGCACCAACCACCUGUUCUCGGCGCACGCCCUCGACGCGGCGCGCGCGGUGCGGGAGGAGAAGGUGAGGGGCCUGGUGGGCUGCAUCCGCGGCCAUGCCGGGGAGACCGUGGAGGUCGGCCGCGUCGUGCUCUCCGGGCUGUUCAACAUCGUCUCCAGCGUGCUGUUUUCCGAGGAGGUGGGCGACCUGAGCUCAGACCGGGCGCAGGGUCUCGAGACGCUGACCAACGACCUCCUCAUGGAGCUCAUCAAGCCGAACAUGUCGGACCUCUUUCCCGUGCUCUCUGUUCUUGACUUGCAGGGCCGCCGCCGCAGUACCGUCGAGCAUCUGAGGAGGUUCUUUGACUUCUUUGACCCGAUUAUUGAGCGUCGUAUGAAGGCCGGAGGUGAAAGGCAGGGGGAUUUCUUGGAUGUGCUACUCCAGCUUCACUCGGUGGAUCAGCUCAGCAUUCAGACAAUCAAGUCCUUUCUUUUGGAUCUGUUCAUAGCAGGGACAGAGACAAACGCUCUCACCGUGGAGUGGACGAUGGCCGAGCUACUUCGGCACCCGGCCGUCAUGUCAAAGGUUCGCGCCGAGCUGCAGGGAGUGGUUGGUGCAAAGCAGUAUCCCGACGAAUCCGACAUCAGCAGGCUGCCGUAUCUCCAGGCCGUGCUGAUGGAGAGCAUGCGCCUACACCCGCCAAGCCCGCUCCUGAUACCGCACCAGGCCAUGGUCGAAGGCGCGGAGGUCGGGGGCUUCGUGGUGCCCAAGGGCGCCAUGGUGAUCGUCAACCUGUGGGCCGUCAUGCGCGACCCGGCGACGUGGACGCUGCCCGAGGAGUUCAUGCCGGAGAGGUUCGUCGGGGCGGACAUGGACUUCCGGGGCAAAGACCGGUUCGAGUUCAUGCCGUUCGGGGCGGGGAGAAGGGCCUGCCCUGGUAUGCCCAUGGCGACAAGGGUUGUGACCCUCAUCCUCGCGUCCCUGCUGCACAGGUUUGAGUGGAGGCUGCCAGAGGGGAUGCAGCCGUGCGACGUGGAUGUUCGGGACCGGUAUAGGAUGUCUCUCAAUAUGGUCACGCCAAUCAAGGCCGUGCCACUGCCAUUAUUCUCGUGA